AGAGCACUCACGCUGGAGUCUCAGUCGACGCCGAGCCGUCACGCGCGUUGGCUUAGUUGCUUUGUUUCGUUUGUGAAAACAUCGUCGCGCGAACAUUCGACAAAACUUUUUUUCUCUUUAUCUUUCUCACUUUCUAUUUAUUAAUCAUUAUUUUCGAGUUAGAUCUACGAUCGCGAGGGUGCAUUGAUAAGAGUUUUCGGUGGAGCCUGAUUGGUUCACAUAGGUCCAGCGAUAAUGUUUGACUACUGUCUACGCGUUACUACUAUUUCCGGUGUCGCGUGAGUGUCGAUCGUAAGCGCUCGAAAGAUUCGUCGAGCGAGAAGAGGAAUGUCCUAAACGUGCGUUGCACACUUUUGUUUCUAUAUCUACUAUUGAAUUCAUCGGUACUCAUCGUCACCUUUAACCUUCCUUUACUCCUUCUACAUUGUACCAAGGAGGAUCCAUAGGACACGGGAUAACCUUUUGAUUCGUCUUCUGCUUCUUCCUCUUCGACAUGGACUUCGUUAUACUUAAGGUGAACGGACAAGAUGUUUCUAACUCGAGUCACGAAGAUGCUGUACGUUGCUUUCAAUCGGCACAAGAACCGAUCAUCGUUGAGGUCCUUCGAAGACAGCCCUCAUCUCAUCAGCAACAGAUCGUUCACACGCCAUCGAGGGAACACGAGAGAUCGAGUCACGGAAAGAACGAUGGAACGACGAAUGAGAAGGAAACGAGUGAGGAUGAAUUCGGAAAAGAAAAUUCUUGUCCUUUGGUAUCGACUGCUGUUCAAACUGAUUGGGCUGGUUUGGUAGAGGAAGAAGAAUUAUUAUCAGUACCGCUUGGUACCGAAGAACACACCAACGACAGUUUCGAGGAUUUUCUUGCACAUGACAUAGACUUCGAGGAAGUAACGUUACGUAAAAGCGGAAGCGCAGAAAAGCUCGGUCUCACAGUCUGCUAUAGUUCUGGUUCCGGUAGCGAGGACGCCGACACCGAGGUUUAUAUUUCAGAAAUAGUUCCUGAAAGUUUAGCAGCCCGUGACGGCCGGUUACGGGAAGGUGACCAAAUCUUGCGAGUGAACGGAAAAGAUGUAGCUAAUAAGGAACAAACGGAAAAUUUAUUCGCCGAGACGAAGAAUGCUGUGACUAUACUAGUCAGUCGAUGUCUUUACCAGGAUGAUGAAUACGACGAUAGGCGUAUUUAUCAACAGGGCUCACCGCCAUUGUCACCGGAAAAUUUGCCAGCCUAUCAGAACAGCAUGAUCGAGCAACUAAUACGACAACAACAACAUCAGCAACAACAAACGGAAGAACAUACCAAAGAAACGGAAGGGAAUUUUUCGACGUUGAAAGCUCCACCUCCUAUUCCAUCUCAUAUGCAACAGCAGCAACAGCAACAACAACCACAGUCACCGCAGCAACAACAGCAACAACAGCAACAACAACAACAACAACAUCAACAUCAAUUACCGACUCCGCAACAACAACAAACUCCUUCAAUAUUUUCAACGACCUCAUCUUCCACAUGUUCUUCGCAAAACUCACAAAAAUCAGGUAAGAAUGCAACGUCUCCGGCUCACCACACGGAAGAUAGAAAGCAAUGGAUGCAGGACGCGUUAAAGGAUUGUUCAAAGAAAAUCGAAAACUUGUCAUUGCGAGGUCAGCAAAUGGUACCUUCUCAAACGACAAUAAAACUCGUCGAAGCGUAUUCAAGUCACGUAUGGAGCGAAACCGAACAUAUUUAUGAAACGAUACCCGAAUCUGAUAGCGAACCUAUCUAUUCCUCGCCCUACGAACAUCAACAUUGGACGACGCAGCAGUUACAGAUGAAUCAUGGAUCAAACUCUCAGCAGUUACAAAAUCAUGGGAAUCAAACAAAGCUCUGGCAUUCCUCCUCAAAAAGUAACAGUUCUGGCGAGGAAAAGGAUAGUUCGAGUGCUUAUAAUACAGGAGAAUCUUGUCACAGUAAUCCAUUAACAUUGGAACUUCAUCAGGGUGAGAGAGAUCAUCAUAAAAGUACUCUCGUUCUUUGCCCACCGAAAAGUACGAGUAGCCAACAUUUACAACAACAGCAACAGCAGCAACAACAGCAGCAGCAGCAGCAACAGCAACAACAACAACAACAACAACAGCAACAGAAAAUGGGUUGUAAUUGUCCGAUGCCAAUUAUGUCGAUGACGUCUGGUAAACAAGGUGGUAGGAGUCAAACUACGAGAAAGAGUUCGUCUCAUCAUAAGGAUCGAACGGAUUCCAGUGGGAGUACAUUACCUGCUGAUACUAUGUAUACGAAUGUAGCUAAUCUCCAACAAACUAUGCUCUUGCAACAACAACUUUUCAAACAAGCUUUAAAUAGAAAGAAUCUUACAGCGAAGGAAACAAGUGGUGCUAGAAAGUCCAAGUCUCAUGGUAACUUUCAAGCACCAAAUCUCACGCAAUAUCAGUUCGUCGGUAGCCAACAAGUUUGUUCCUCAGCCGCUUGGAUGCCACCGGAAGAAAAGUGCGAGGUACAGAUGGAAUGGAAAGUUAAACGAAGAGCCGAUGGUACUAGGUACAUCGCUAGACGACCCGUUAGAAAUCGACUUCUCAGGAAUAGGGCUCUUAAAAUAUCGGAAGAACGUGCUGGACAUACGACAGAGGAUGAAACCAUGUCAGAGAUGAAGGUUGGCAGAUAUUGGACGAAAGAGGAACGCAAAAGGCAAUUGGAAAGAGCGCGAGAACGUAAGCAACGACAGCAAGAACUGAUGCUGCAACAACAACAACAGCAGCAACAAUUGCAGUUGCAACAUAGCAACGAUCUUUUAAUAUGCGAAUAUAACGAGGAUAAAAUAACUAAGAAACCAUUGAACAUCGUCGAAUUGAGUCACAAAAAGAUGGCACGCAAAAAGACUACUUUAGACGACUUUACUACGGUACAGGAGAUGUUGGUUCAUGGAAACAGAGUCGGUGCAAGUGGGCCCGGUACUGGUGGCAAAUUAAUGGGAUUAUUAUCGGUUACCACGGUGUAAUUGCUUCUUCUUUUUAAAAACUAGAUUGUUCGCAUGAAUUGUGCAAUAAACCUAUGUGCGCGCAUAAAGAUGUAUAUCUAUGAAAACAAAUUUUUUACAGAUAUAGAAAAUCAAACUAAUUUAUCAAAAUAACGUAUUACGAUGAUAUCUUUUGUUUUAUCAUCGUCUUUCUUACCUUUACU